AUGUGCACAGGAGGCUGCGCCAGGUGCCUGGGGGGCACCCUCAUUCCCCUGGUGGUGUGUGGCUUCGUGGCUAACGUCCUGUUAUUCUUCCCCGGAGGGAAAGUGAUAGACAACAAUGACCACCUUUCCGAAGAGGUCUGGUAUUUCGGAGGAAUAUUAGGAAGCGCGGUCUUGAUGAUCUUCCCUGCGCUGGUGUUCUUGGGCCUGAGGAACAAUGACUGCUGCGGGUGCUGCGGUAACGAGAGCUGUGGGAAGCGAUGUGCGAUGUUCACUUCCACAAUAUUUGCUGCGAUUGGAUUCUUGGGUGCUGGAUACUCAUUUAUCAUCUCAGCAGUUGCCAUCAACAAGGGUCCUAAAUGUCUCUUGGGCGAGAGUACAUGGGGCUACCCCUUCCAAAACGGGAAUUAUCUCAGUGACAAAGACUUAUGGAGGCUGUGCCAAGCACCAGCUAAUGUGGUUCCCUGGAAUCUGACCCUCUUCUCCAUCCUGCUGAUCAUAGGAGGAAUCCAGAUGAUUCUCUGCGCCAUCCAGGUGAUCAACGGCCUCCUGGGGACCCUCUGUGGAGACUGCCAGUGUUGUGGCUGCUGUGGGGGGGGAGAUGGACCAGUUUAAACCUCUGCGAUGAGCCGCUCUGACUCUACAGAAUGUGGGAAGAUACACUCAACUCCCUCUUCUCUUCUUGGGCUUGUUAAUUGCUACCAGCUUCCUCACUGGCAAAGCUUAGGGAAGGCAGAAUUCCUCCUUCUCGUUUCCAACCAGUUUUGCUCAAGUUAUAAUUUUGUUAUUUUCAAAUAAAAAAUAAUAUGGC